GGAGAGGUUGUGGUGCUCGUGUUUCAAUAAGUUUGAAGUGAUCUACUGAUAACAUGACAUUGAUGAGAAUGUCUGCCUUCCUCAGGCAGACCUGAAGACCCAGCGGAAGAAUCUGCAAUAUCAAAUCAUCCAAUUACAGCAUCACCUGGAGCUUGUGCGGUAUAAGAAACAACACCUCACGGAUUCCUCCAUGAAGCAGAAAUUGUCACUUUCCAGUGAAUUCAAUGAGAUGAAAACUCUAAUUGAGGAGGAAGAGAAGAUUGCAGCUAAACUAAUUGAGGAAGAGGAGAACAAAGCAGCGAGCCAAGUUGCUGAUGCACUUGAUCAGAUCAACACCCAGCUCGAUAAACUGAAGGAAUACAAGGAGCAGCUUGAUUCACUGCUGUCCCACACUGGGAGCAUGCACUUCUGGAAGAGCAUUGGUGAACUUCCUGCAAUCUCGUUGAAAGCAUGCACACCCCCCAAUCCUGCUGAAGUGAAUGUCCGGAAAGUGGAGCUUGUUCAAAAAGUGGUUUCUGCAUUGAAGCAGGUUCUGGUUCGGGAGUUGAAAGCUCCAAUGCAGCAGAGAAUCAAUCAAGUGGAUCGGGCCGAGAAAACAAAGCUUAAAGCAUUGGCCAAUCCAGACCAGAGGAUGGACACAAACAAAACCAAAGCUAAAGCAUCAAACAGUCCAGACCAAGUGCCAUCUGCAGGCCAGCCAAAUAAAGAAAGUUCCCCUUCGGAUCCAUUGGAGCCACCACCAUUUCAAACAGCUAACCCUCCUGAGGGCAAGCAAGCUAGAAAGAAGACAACCAAGACUAAAGCAUCAAACAGUCAAAAGCAUGGUUCAGGUGCCGAGCAGUCAGAGGAGUACAAAAAACUGUUUAAUGUUGCUACGUUACCGAUGACUCGAUGCGAGUUGCUGCAGUAUAAAUCGAAAAUCACCUUUGAUCACCGGACUGCGCACAAGAAGCUGCUCGUGCGUAACGAGUACACCCACCUGAGUGUGGCCGACCAGUUACAGCCCUACCCUGACCAUCCUGGGAGGUUUGUCAACUGUGUGCAGGUCCUCGGGCUGCAGAGUUUCUCAAGCGGCUGCCAUUACUGGGAAGUGAACAACGAGGGCAGCAAUUUCUGGGCAAUUGGGCUUGCUUAUGUCAGCCUGGAUAGGCAAGGGAGUAGGAGUCGUCUAGGAAGGAGCCCACUGAGCUGGUGCUUGGAGAGUUUUGGCCAGAAGCUGUCUGUUUGGCACAGAGGCCAGGAAGCUAUCCUGCAUGUCUCUCAGCCCAGAAUCAUAGGAGUCCAUCUCAACUAUAACCAAGGGAUUGUGGCCUUUUAUUCAGUCACUGACUCUAUGAUGAGGCUGUUUUAUUACGAAGUAGAGUUUCAAGGCCGGGUUUUUCCUGCUUUCUGGCUGGGCAACAUUGGCACCACCCUCUCCCUGGUUCAGUUCUAAAUGUUUCUGCUUUGUGUGGCUCUGGAUUACUCCAGUAGCCCAUCCUCACCAUUUAGAUUUCUACUUUUAAGAUAUAGUAUGGAGAAAAUGAUAAUCCAACAAUAAUGGCCUGGUCACAUCUGUCGGGGAAACAACUACAAAAUGUAAAGUUUUGAUUUGAUUUGUUCUCUCCCCACAGAUGCUGCCUGACUGCUGCACUUUUCCAGCAUUGUGGUUUUUAUUUGAUUUCUAGCAUCCCAUACUAUUUUGUUUCUACUUCAUCGGUAAUGCAUUUGUGAAUUGCAGAGUUGUAUUGGAGUGACAGUUCACUUUGUGGCCUUGACCCCAGUCUGAGUACAUCCUCAUUUGGAGAUGAGCUCUUAGCCAUGUCUGAGGCCAAACCUCAUUCACACAAUUAUUGGACAAGUCUGUCAGGGUUUCAAGUGAGGGGUAGUCUUAUUGCAGCUUAUACAUCCUGGAGGGAGUUGGCAAGAAGAGUGCUGACAGUGUAUUUGCUCUUGUGGGAGAAAUUAGAAUAUAGAGAGUGUUUAAAAAUUAGGGUUAGUGUGUAAGACAGAAGUAAGAAAUCUUUUGAGGGUCAUGUAUCUUUGGAGUUCCCCUCCUCAGAGAAAAGGCUGGGUCAUUGAAGCUAUUUAUAGCAGUGUUGGAUGGGUUUUCACAGUGGGGUCUAGGCUCACGUAGAGUUGAGACCACAAUCAGAAUGGUGGAGCGGGCUAGAGGGGCUGAAUGACCUAUUCCUCCUAUGAGGUUAAGUGAAGAUAGUAGCUGGUUGUUCAGCAUUUCUGAACCCUCCAACAUCGGAGCAUUUGCAGCAACACCUGGACAAUAUCCAAAACAGCACGGUGGCUGCCUCACAGCGCCAGAGACCCGGGUUCAAUUCCCGCCUCAGGCGACUGACUGUGUGGAGUUUGCA